CGAACAUCCGCGCUGCGGUCCACAUCUCACUCUUUUUGCACCAGGACACACGACACCCCUCGCAUCCAACGUAGAUGGCUUCAUCGGACCUGCUCAAGCAGAUCCAGGCUGGCAAGAAACUCAAAAAGGCCGAAACAAUCGACCGCAGUGCGCCUAUAAUCGAGAAGCCCAAGGGGGCCGGGGGUGGCGGUAGAGGUGGCAUGGGAGCCCCUGCGAUGGGCCCCUCGUCCUCUGGAGGCGGAGGUCCUCCACAGCUCGCGGGGCUGUUUGCGGGUGGGAUGCCCAAGCUAAAGCCGGCUGGGUCAAGCCAACUGGGUAAACCGCCUGCGCUAGGGAAACCACCCUCGAUACCCAAGCGCGAAACGUCCUCCACGCCUGCUGCCCCGCCCCCACCUCCACCCAACCGACCAUCGCCCGCCAAACCCCCCGCUGCACCGCCGGCGCCCCCACGAGCUGCUCCGAGCCUCCCAGUGCGAUCGUCCCCGAGUCUUCCAGCACGAGCUACACCGAGCCUCCCACCACGUGCUGCGCCGACUCUUCCAUCGCGCCCUCCCUCGACAUUCAACAGCGCACCGGCUCCUCCACCACGCAAAGUCCCGCCCCCGCCUCGCGCGGCCUCCCCACCAGCGCCGCCGGCUAUACCCCCUCGCACGUCCUCGCCAGCAAGUCGCGGAGGCAGGCCGGAGACACCUCCACGGCCAUCGUCAGCGCUGCCACACCGCAAGGUCCCUCAACCUCCAGGUGCAGGCGGGCGUGCGCCACCACCACCUCCACCGCGUCCCUCUUCUCUAGCCGUGCAUAACAGCGAAAGUAGCGCCGCGUCUCACGGGCGCCCAGUGCCACCACCACCUCCAGCACGCAGGAGCACACAGGCACCUCCUCCGCCUCCUCCUGUCCGGCAGCGGGUACAGUCUGAGACGGCUGCAGUCCCCGCAGCUCCGCCUCCGCCUCCUGCCAGGCACGCCCCUCCUCCCGUUGCUGCUCCGCCACCGCCGCCGCCGCCAUCGGCCCCGCCUGCUCCUCCACCCUCAGCACCUCCAGCGCGCCAUAGUGCAGCACCGAGCGCACCACCCCCGCCUCCGCCGCCUAGCGCACCUCCUCCGGUGCGCUCACGGACGUCGUCGGGGUCCAACUUGCGCCCGCCGUCUGCACCCCCGAGCAGAUUUGGAUCUGGAUUGGUGCCGAAGCUGAACGGGAAUGGAAACUCGGAGCAGCGCCGAAAGAUACCCACGCCCCCGCCUACCGUCGGGGCUCACACGUUCCCGGUGUCGGACUUCCCGCCGCCGCGGCCGUUCCAGACGAGCGUCAAGACGUACGCAGGGGGGCGGCAAAGGGGAUGCAACUUCGACCUUGGGUCUCUGUAGUGUGUACGACGGAGGACGGUGUCUGGAAAUGCCACGUAUGCUUCGACCGGU